AUGGCUAAUACAAACCAAGAAUCAAAGUCAACAGUCAAUAAUUUAUCGAAUAAUAGUAAACCAUUCGAUGAUAUGUUUGAUACUAUUGAUGAAACAAAUGAUGGACUUCAAUUUUCAACAGACGUAUUAAAUCAAUAUUUUCUAACUGGUCAAUUAAAAUCAAUGAUAUAUGAAGAGGAAAUUAUUCAAUAUGAUAUUUUGAAUGAUUCGGAUUGUGUUGAAUUGAUCCAAGAAGAAGAACAACAAGAUGAUGAAACCAUUUUAUCACAAAAAUUAAGUCAAUUAUCAACAACAGAUCAACAUGAAAUCAAUUCAUCCAAUACUAGUGAUAAAAAACGACGUUUAAAUAUUGUAGCUAGUCCAAAUCUAAAUUCUAAGAAAAUGAAAAUGUCUGAAAAAUGA